CUAACAGUGAGUGAAUACCUUUCUUUCAUUUGAUUUUUAUAAAAAAUUAAUUACAAUGAAAGAAAAUUUUAUUGCAGUUUUACUGUGCUUAGUUUUGAGUUGUUAUGUCCAAGGCGAAGAUAGUGUUUUAAACAAUGAUGCCUCAAAAACUAAUGUAACUCGGCAAAAUGAUUUUUUCGAUAUAAUCAAGAAACCAUGGUUAAAUUUUAUUCAACCAGCUAAGACAAACAUUUUUAGUACGAUCAAUAUUUUUGGAUUUGGAACAAAUUCAUCUACAAAUUCAUCUACAUUUGAAAUACCUGCAGAAAAUAAAGUCAACAAUUCCCUAUUUUAUAAAGUAACACAUCCAUGGGAUAGUUUUAUUAAACCAGCAAUUUCAGAGAUAAAAAUAUUUUCUACUAAAAACAGCACAAACGUCACUAUUACACAAAAGAAAACUGCAUCUUCAACUACUGUUCCUGUCUUUGCUGUUUCUGAACCAGCUACCAAAAAUUAUACUCUUGUAACAAGUACUACACCACCCCCAAUAAAGUAAACCAAAACAAAUA